AUGGCGUCCGCGUCGUCGGGAAGUCAGCUGAAGAGAAAAGCUAUCAGCCUCGAGACGAAGCACAGCAUCCUCGACGACCAUCGUUCCGGGAUUCCAGUGAAGACCUUGGUUACAAAGUAUGGUCUUUCGCAGCCGACUGUUUCUACAAUCAUCAGGAACCGGGACAAGAUCCUUGCGUCCGCGACACUGGACGGUGCGUCCGGGAAACGAAAGAGAAUGUGGGGAGCAGCACUCCCGGACGUCGAGGCCGCUCUCUACAAGUGGUUUCUGGAAGUCUGUGGCCGGAAUAUCCCCGUAAGUGGUGCCGUUCUCACAGCGAAAGCGAAGCAACUGGCCUUUCUGAUGGAGCACAAGGGGUUCAGUCCUGGAAACGGUUGGCUGCACCGCUUUAAAGAGAGACACGGCAUCCGAUUCAAGAAAAUCGUCGGCGAAGCAGCCUCCGCAGACAUCUCAAAUAUCGACGAAUGGAUGGACAUGCACGCCGCGAAAAUCGCCUCGUACGACGAACGGGAUGUUUUCAACGCAGAUGAAACUGCCUUGUUUUUUCAGCUCCUGCCGUCACACACACAUGCAUUGAGAAACGAGACGUGUGCUGGUGGCAAGCACAGCAAAGUUCGAGUGACGGUCCUACUGUGCUGCAAUAUGGACGGCAGCGAUCGCCAAAAGCUGUUUGUGAUCGGCAAGUCAGCGAAACCACGAGACUUCCGAAGUCUGUACAGCCUGCCCGUGCAUUACAGGAGCAACUCAAAAGCAUGGAUGACGAAGGUGCUGGGCCCGCUUGCACGAAACAAUCCUAAGUGUAACACUUGGCAAGUGUUGCACUAA